ACAUAGAAUAGUGGAAAAAAGGGAAAGAAAAGGACUUCAAUCAGAGACAGAGACUCUCAGUCACAGAGACUCUCAGUCACAGAGCAAAACCCAUUAAACUUGCAGUCUCUUCUUCUUCUUCUUCUUCUUCUUCCUCAAGUGAUUCUCGUUCUCUUACUGUGAAAGAAGAAAGACAAUGCUCACUAAUAGAUGGGUUCGAGAGGUGAGCCAACAUGGAGCCCUUCAUUUUCUGCUUUAUGUCUGGAAGGUGCUGGCAAUAGAAAAGAUUCCCCCGGUGCAAUUUUACAUGAGAACCCUUUUGGUAAUAUGAAAAAGGGUGGACAUGGAUUUGUAUUGCCUUCUCCAGCCAAAUUUCGAAGUGGGCAUUUGGCGUUUGAUGCAAUUCAUGGGUCACGAAGCAGAACAUUGAGUGGGAAAGGCAAUGGGUCUGGUUCAGACAUGGACAUAUCUUCGGACUCUGAGGAUGAGGAUUAUGCAAGACGGUACUCACUGGAGUCAUCUCCCCAAGAUGACAAGAUUCGCAAUGUUGUGGCUAAGAAUUAUGACCCCAAAAAAACUCAUUCCAAUUUAAGUCUGUCUAGGGAGCCAGCUUGGCAGAAACAAGGAAAUCCUGCUAAGAGAGUUGAAAUUAGUUAUGCUGAAGAUGAACUUUUGGAUUCUGCCACUAGCACUGAAAACUCAUUCUUGAAACAAAAGAGCACUAGUGAUGCUCGAUCCCGUACAACAUAUGCGGCAGAUGGUUUUUCUUCCAGUGUUACUUCAGGGGCAAAAUAUGAUGCAACAGUUAAACAGGACUUCCGUGAACCAGCAAUGGACAAAAAGCUUCUUUGUAAAGAUAUGCCCAGUGCACCUCCUAUCAGUUCUACUGUAAACCUUGAAAACAUGGUUGAGAAAAUUUCAUAUUUUAGAGCUAAUAGUGUACCUGAUGUUGCAAAUUUGAGUAGUAAUGUAGCUACAGAUAAUCCAAAAUCAUCAAUUUUUAUUUAUUCUAGCAAUAUUGCACUGAAUGGAACUGAAAAUGGGAUUCCUGACCCAUCUGAAAGGACUGCAGCUGGCAAAGAAGUUAAUGUGCCUAUAAGCUCUUUACCUGCUCGCCUCCCCACAUUUCAUGCAAGUGCACAAGGUCCUUGGUGUGCUGUGAUUUCCUAUGAUGCUUGUGUUCGAUUAUGUCUUCACUCAUGGGCCAAAGGUUGUGCUGAAGAUGCUCCCUACUUUUUGAGGGAUGAAUGUGCUUCAUUACGUAAUUCAUUUGGUUUACAGCAAGUAUUGUUGCAAUCAGAAGAGGAACUUAUGUCAAAACGAUCUCCAGAGUUGAUAAGUGAGGGAGCUGCAGCUGCUCCAAAAUCUAAGAGAACUUUUGGCAAAAUGAGAGUGCAAGUACGUAAAGUGAAAAUGGGUUUAGACCCACCUGUUGGCUGCAGCUUUUCAUCUCUAAAUCCAUCUACGAUAAAACUUGAACCACUUCGGCGGCAGUUGUCAAUUUUAAAUUCAACUUUACAUACUGGAUGGUCAGCUGUGAGGAAAGUUCGUGUGACUCCUCAGAUCCCUCCAAAUGGUUCUAUUUCACAACAAAGUUUGGCAUAUGUGCGUGCAAGCACUCAGUAUAUCAAACAGGUCUCUAGGCUUUUGAGACAUGGGGUGACUACUUUGCGCAACAGCCCCUCUCCAGAUGGAGUGGUGCAAGAGACGUAUACUUGCAUGUUAAGGUUGAAAAGCUCUUCUGAAGAGGAUUCAGUUCGUGUCCAACCAGGAUCUGGUGAAACUCAUAUGUUCUUUCCAGAUAAUCAUAAUGAUGAUUUGAUCAUUGAAGUUCGAGAUUCCAAAGGACAGCAUUGUGGCCGUGUUCUUGCCCAAGUGGCUGCUAUUGCUGAUGACCCUUGUGACAAGCUUCGUUGGUGGCCUAUAUACCAAGAGCCGGAGCAUGAACUAACUGGCAGAAUACAGUUGUACAUUAACUAUUCAACUACUCCAGAUGAAAGUAAUCAUCCCAAGUGUGGUUGUGUUGCAGAAACUGUGGCAUAUGACUUUGUCCUGGAAGUUGCAAUGAAAGUUCAACAUUUCCGGCCAAGAAAUUUAUUGCUACAUGGCCCAUGGAAGUGGUUAGUGACUGAAUUUGCAACUUACUAUGGUGUAUCAGAUACAUACACCAAACUAAGAUACCUUUCCUAUAUCAUGGAUGUGGCUACUCCAACAAAAGACUGUCUUGACUUGGUAUAUGAUCUGCUAGAACCUGUGAUCAUGAAGGGUAACAGAAAGAAUGUUUUGAGCCAUCAAGAGAAUCGCAUCCUUGGAGAGGUUGAAGAUCAAAUUCAAGAGAUACUUGUUCUGGUUUUUGAAAACUACAAGUCACUGGAUGAAAAAGCACCAUCUGGUAUGAUGGAUAUUUUUGGUGCUGCCACUGGAUUGGCAGCUCCUGCAUUGGCACCUACUGUGAAACUAUACGCUCUCUUACAUGAUGUAUUAAGUUCUGAAGCACAGUUGAAGUUUUGCAGAUAUUUUCAGGCUGCUGCCAAAAAAAGGUCAAGAAGACAUAUGGCCGAGACAGAUGAAUUUAUAAGCAGCAAUGAGGGCACACUGAUGGAUCCUUUGAUGCUUUCAACUUCUUAUCAAAAGAUGAAACAUCUUAUUUUAAGUAUGAGAAAUGAAAUAUGGACCGACAUUCAGAUCCACAAUCAGCAUGUGCUCCCAAGUUUCAUAGACCUUCCAAAUGUGUGCGCAUCCAUAUACAGUGUGGACCUUUCCAGUAGAUUGCGCACAUUUCUUGUUGCAUGUCCUCCUCCUGGGCCCUCACCCCCUGUUGCUGAACUUGUUAUUGCAACAGCAGACUUUCAAAAGGACCUUGCCUCUUGGAACAUUAGUCUUGUGAAAGGUGGAGUUGAUGCAAAAGAGUUGUUCCAUUCAUAUAUAACCCUCUGGAUUCAAGACAAACGUCUUACCUUGCUUGAGUUGUGCAAACUAGACAAGGUAAAGUGCUCUGGUGUCAAAACACAACAUUCAACCAAUCCUUUUGUGGACGAGAUGUAUGAGCGACUGAAGGACACACUCAAUGAAUAUGAAGUAAUAAUUUCCCGUUGGCCAGAGUAUAUUGUCAUCUUGGAGAAAGCCAUUGCAGAUGUUGAGAAGGCAAUUAUUGAAUCUUUAGAUAAGCAGUAUGCUGAUUUCUUAUCACCAUUGAAGGAUAGCCUGGCACCAAAGAUCUUUGGCCUCAAAUAUGUUCAGAAGUUUGCUAAACGGACAGGGGAACUUUAUAUUGUCCCUGAUGAGUUGGGUGUUCUUCUAAAUUCCAUGAAAAGAAUGCUGGAUGUGCUGCGGCCCAAGAUAGAAAACCAGAUGAAGUCAUGGAGUUCUUACACUCCUGAUGGUGUAGAUACAGUCACAGGAGAAUGUCUUAGUGAAAUUACAGUGUCGCUCAGAUCCAAGUUCAGAAGUUACCUUCAAGCAAUUUUGGAAAAACUUAUAGAGAAUACAAAGAUGCAAAGUGCAACCAAACUGAAGAUCAUAAUCCAGGAUUCGAAGGAAACUAUGGCAGAGUCAGAUCUGAGAAAUAGAAUGCAGCCUUUGAAAGAUCUUGUCAUAAAGACAAUAAAUCAUCUACAUUCUGUUGUUGAACCUCAUGUGUUCAUAGCCAUUUGCCGAGGUUUUUGGGAUCGCAUGGGACAGGAGAUACUGCGGUUUCUGCAAAAUAGGGGUGAGAACAAUUCCUGGUACAAAGGCUCGCGAAUCGCUGUUUCUAUCUUGGAUGACAUAUUUGCAUCAGAAAUGCAGCAAUUGCUUGGAAAUUCACUGCAAGAAAAAGACUUGGAGCCACCAAGAUCUAUAAUGGAAGCUCGUUCAGUGCUUUGUAAAGAUGCUGUAAACCACUCGGACAACAACUAUUAUUAUUAAGAUUUUUGUCUUGCUCCCCUGUACAUACACCAGAUCACAUCAUUGUUUUGGCUCAACAAUUUUGCGCUGAGCAAGGAAAAGUUGAAAAGACAUCACCUUCCCACAGCAAUACACAAUACAGUAUUGGAUUCUCAUCA